GCGCAGCGAUCAGUCGAGUUUAGAACGUUCAUGUGGGUGGUAUUUAUUAUUUACACCAUGACACGUAUCGUUAGAGAAGAAACUGUCAUUAAACUAUUAAACAUAGAUUAUAGUUUUCUUUGAACGAGUACAACGAAGGAUAUAUUUCCAAUCAAGUGAUUAGAAAACGUGAAUGAAGAUAUUUUUAAUAGAUCAUCGACCAAUGAUUAUGUACCGUAUUAUUACGCAUGCGAGCUUCUUACCCCUUUCAUCGUCCAUCGAUAAACUGGACGUUAACUCAGUUGAUUGAAAUAACGUCGUAGUGCUCAUAUCAUUUCUAUUAAUCCAAAUAUUAUUACGUAUUACUUAUGCAUUUCAAUUGUCUUAUCAUCGAGGAUCUAUCAAAAGUGACGAUUUUUUUCGUGGGAAAAGAAAUAUGACGGAAGAACGUAAUAGGAUACAAAACGAGGACUCUUCCAAUGUUACUGGUAAUAGCAUUUUAAGAAAUCAUUUUUGGAGUCAUGCAUUUGAUAGCGAGGAAGGAGAGGAUGGAAAUGAGAAUGGACUUCUUCACAAUGACUCAAGCUGCAAUCGACCGAUCGCAGAAAGACGCGAUAAUUGCGCCAUGACGACCUUCGCCGAAGAUAAAAUGAGAAGGAAGCUUAGAUUCUUUUUCAUGAAUCCAAUCGAAAAAUGGCAAGCCAAACGAAGAUUCCCAUAUAAAUUCGUCGUACAGGUCAUUAAAAUAGUUUUGGUCACCGUGCAACUUUGCCUAUUUGCUCAUAACAAUUAUAUACAUGUCAAUUACACGUGGGACAACCGUAUUACAUUUUCGCAUCUCUUUUUACGUGGAUGGGACAACACGCAAGAGGUACCUGCCUAUCCUCCUGCGACUGGCCCAUUAGCUCUUUACAAAAAGGAUGAAUUUUUCGACACCAUCGAUUAUGCUCUAAAUGGCUACUAUAAUCUUAAUAAUUCCAUCGGUUCGUAUUCUUACGAUGCUGAGGAUAAUACCGCAGGACCUGUGAAAUUAUGUUUAUACUGGUAUAAGGAAAGCAUUAUAUUCGGCUUCAACGAAAGUUAUGUCUUCGACAAGGAAAUCAUAAAGACUUGCGUGAAUAUAACUAAAGAAUAUCAUGACAACUUUAAUAACUCGAGGAAUAUAUUGUCUACGCAAAAUGUUAUUGUAAAUUUUUCAGCUUUGGUAAGAGCAUAUUUGAAAUUUGCCGUUAAAACUGUUAAUCUAAGAGCUGCCGGACCUAUGACACCACCAGAUUGUUAUCAGUUCGAUAUUAAAAUAAUUUUUGAUAAUCGCGAUCAAGACGGACAAAUGUUAUUGUCAUUGGAAACUGAACCACAAAGAUUAUAUUGCAAAGGUGAUACCCGGUAUAUAAUGGACAAUCAAAUUGAGUCUGCUUUGAGAACUUUGUUAAAUUUACUCGUGAUAUUUAUCUGUACUAUCUCCCUUGUCUUAUGCUCGAGAGCCAUUUUCAGAGCGCAAUUGCUUAAAUUCGAGACGAUGAAUUUUUUCAAAAAGAAAUACGGAAAAUUAUUGAGUUUCGAAGGUAGAUUGGAAUUUUUGAAUCUCUGGUACAUAAUGAUCAUAAUUAAUGAUCUUCUAAUCAUCAUAGGUUCUGCCGUGAAAGAACAAAUAGAAAGAAAAUAUUUUGGUAGCGAUCAUUGGAACGUAUGCAGUAUAUUUCUAGGUACGGGAAAUUUAUUGGUAUGGUUUGGCGUAUUACGAUAUCUUGGCUUUUUCAAAACGUAUAACGUAGUUAUUUUAACAUUAAAAAAGGCUGCACCUAAAGUAGCUAGGUUUCUUAUAUGUGCUAUAUUGAUAUAUGCCGGGUUCACUUUCUGUGGGUGGUUAAUUUUAGGUCCGUAUCAUAUGAAAUUUAGAUCACUUGCUACAACUUCUGAAUGUCUGUUUGCACUUAUAAACGGUGAUGACAUGUUUGCGACAUUUUCAAUAACGUCUUUCAAAUCACCGAUGCUUUGGUGGUACUCGAGGAUUUAUUUAUAUACUUUCAUUUCUUUGUACAUUUAUGUCGUUUUAAGUUUAUUUAUUUCUGUGAUAAUGGACGCCUAUGAUACGAUAAAGACUUAUUAUCGAGAUGGCUUUCCAAAGAAUGACCUACAAACAUUUAUAUCCGCUUGUACGGAUGAUGCAUCGAGCGGUCUAUUCAGAGACGAAUGUGAUAAAAAUAAUAUUACAGAACUUAUAGAUAGGUUUUGUUGUUGUCGAAAAAGAUCCUCUUAUGGAUCUUUCUCUGGAUCAACCACAGAUGCCUCCACAAAAACCGAACAAGUAUAUGGAGGAGCCAUCUGUAUAUAGUUUGUUAAAAGAUUAUUUUCCCCGUACAAAUUAUGGCUCCACUGCUACGUUAUUAUUAUAAUUAAGCAUUUAGAGAGAAUCAGAGUUUCUUUUUAAAAUAAGAAAAAAAGAAAGUUUGUAAAUUCUUGUGUCCAUUUGCUAGACGAUAAUUCAAUGGUGCUAGCAUUAUGUAAGAUCUUUAAUUACCACCACAGAAUAGUAGAAAGAAUUAGAACAUUUUGUUUCUAAUAAAAUUGUACCUUUCUCUUUUUUUUUUUUUCUUCUUCUUCUUGUUUUAAUAAUCUCUUGCAUCAUUCAUUAUGGUUUUUAUUCGACAAAGAAUAGAUAGAAGAUCUUCUCUCUUCUCUUGUAUACGACAUAAUUAUAUUAAAAAGAUUUAUCUUUCUAACAGACCUAUGCCAUAUUUUUAUGAUGAUGUUUAUAAUAGGAGAAUUAACGUUUUUACGAUAACGUAUUGUAUAUUUUAUUAUUGUGAGACUAACUGCUACGAUAAUUUUUUAAUUCAAAUCAUUAAUAUUAUUCUUUUAGUAACAAUGAAAUUCUAAACCUUAAGUAAUUAUUUACUUGAAUUUAUCUGCCAUUACUUUCGAUCGAGUACGAUCACAAAAAAUAUUAGAAUCAAUCAUUUCGAGAAUGACAAUAAUUAAUAUGAUUAAAAGCAAAAAAAAAAAAAGGGAGAACAUAAACUCUCUUAAUCGUAAACAAACAUUCAAUUGAUCUAUUGUCACAUGAUAAAUGUAUAAAAAAAAAUUUUAGAUGAUGUAUAAAAAGAAAAGAAAGAAAAAUAAAGCAACUUUAUUUUAUAUAUGUAUAUAUAUAUAUAUAUUUUUUUUUUGUUCUGUUAAAUAAUAUGUGUUAAAAUUGAUACUAGCUUUCUUUACUUUCAUAUUGUGAAUCUAUGUAUAAUAGAUAUAAUAUAAGAAUUUAAAAUAGAAUUUAUUGAAUAAGAGUGUAUUAUAAACCAAUGUACAAUUUAUUGACAUUUUAGAUUGUUUUAAGAUAAAGUCAAUAAUAACGAACAAUACUCUUUAAUGUCGCAUCUAUUUAAACAGAAAAAAAAAACAUUAGAAUAAUGAAGUAAAUGGAUAUAAAGAAAAAAAAAAUAAUAAUAAUUAAACGUGUAAUUAAUUAUCUGUAUGUGAAAGUAUUCAAAUUGUAUGUUUCACAAAGAUACAAUGGCUAAAUGAUUUAUAAAUAUUUUAAAACUGUAUAUUACAAUUUAAACCAAAGUACAAUAGUCCAAAAAUAUAUAUUUAUAUAUUUACAUUCAAAUAAAACAUAUUAGAUUUC